GCGACCGCUUGGGCGGGCGGCGGCAUAACACUUGUUGCCCGCGUGGAACCUUGUUGCAGAAGCAGUCACAACUUUACGUAAGAAUGGUGCGAAUCAGCUGCCUUUUUGCCGUCUUCUUCCUCGGCGUCCUGCUCCUGGCGAUACCAGCCUCCGCUUACCCCAGGAUGUCCGGCAAUUAUUACUUGGACGACACUUACGAACCUGAAGAAAUCAUGGAAAUGCUGAACCGCCUUGACAACUACUUACAACAGGAACGUAAAAUCGCUAACGAGAAACGGGCUCUCGACCUUGGCUUGAACCGUGGCUACUCCGGUGCCGUCCACGCUAAGCACAUGAUGGGUCUGGCUGCCGCUAACUUCGCAGGAGGUCCCGGCAGAAAGCGACGUGAUGCUCACUAAAAACUGAUAUUGCACCCUGAAGCUAUUAAUUUUUAAUUGUAAUACUAUAAAAUCCUCGCAUAACUAAAGCCAUGAUUUUUUAAAUUGUUUAAUAUGUAUUAUCUUUGUGUUAAUAUGUAUUUUAAAAUGAAUUUAAGAUUCUUGAGUCAAGGGAAACCUUUGCCAAGAAAACAUUGAGUUUUACGUAUAUUAUCGGCCUAGUACAAAUUAAAUUCAAGUAGUGAUAAUCUUAAUCUUCUCUCUCUUUCAUGUCUUUCAGUAGAAAUAUAAAACAUUUGGAAAAUAUGCUUUUCAAAUUGUAAAAAUCACGCUUUUAUGUACCUUGCUAACUUAAGCAUUCUAAUAUAUAUAAGAAAUUCUAUUGUUGGGAAAUAAAGAUAUUCGUAUAUUAAA